GUUCUCGUUGUUAAAAAGUCGCUAAUAAAAGCGACGGUUCCGAAGCGAAUCGGUGGAGGAACAGUGUUCUUUGUUUCGUCGUCAGGUGAAUGGUACCUAAAGGAUGCGGAAUAUCGUGAGGAAGGCGGUACCCCAGAUAGCGUUGGAAUUAUUCGCUUAGCUCUGGCAGUGAAGUUGAAGAGGGCG